AAUGACAUGUUUCUCUGCAAAGAGUUCCGGAAUAUGUGCCUCCAGCGCCGUCGCCAUGGAGACGGACGACGGCCGGCUGUCGGUGUCGAAGACCCUGCGGGCUCUCAAAGACGUCCUCGCAGGAAAGGUCGCGGAUGGAGCCCGCGGCGCAGCGUGGUUCAAGGAGAGCAGCAGCCGGAACUUGCGUAGCCGCGACUUCCUGGCCCCACAGGCCGCCCUCAGGGCGGUGUUCGGGGAUGGACAGGUUCCUGAUGGUAUCGUCAAGAGUGUGCUGUCACUGAAAUGUCCAGGUGUGCCACCCAUCCAGUGCUGCCAAAAUGGCUUGGCAGGACUGACAGUGCAACUGGACAGAACUGCUGUCUUUGCGGAUAUCCUGAAAGCCAUCCCUUCGUAUGCCAAACCUCCGCAAAUAGCCCUUGGUGGGCCCUGCGUGGUGCUCAAUUGCGUGCCCCUGCAUGGGUGUAAGGGCCUGAACUCAUUCAGCCUGAAUCAUCUGAGAGCCAUUCUGGUCACCGACCACCUCGCUGGUGUGCUCCAAGCUCAAGGGGUGGAUGUACAUCUGGUCCCCGCUUUGGCUGAUGAGGAAACCCGGAGAUUCCUGCGCCAGUUGCAGAUCGAGUGGCCCUCAGGUUUGGAAAUGUCCCCCAGCUCUGAGGAUUUUCUCACCAUGAAGGAUGCCCUUCGCCAGUGCCCUCAUGCCACGUUUGCCGAGAUGGACGAAGAGGGAGCCAUGUGCAGACUGCACUUGAGAGGGUUCUUGGGAAAUCAGGAGCAGCAGAAAGAUAGCCUGGAAGGCUAUGACCCAAACCUGGACGUGUUCCUUGUGACGGAGGAGAAACUGCUCCACGUGGCUGAGCUGCAACGUGCGGCCUCGCAGUGUGCGGCGCUUGCUCCAGGAAGAUGCUACGACGUUGUGCAUGUGGUGAGCCACGAGGAGGCAUUCCAGCAGCAGAAGGUGGACUUGCUGUGGAGGCUGGUAGCUCCACAAGUGCCCCCUGCCUCCCAGAAACACCUCGUCUGUGGGCCAGUGAAAGUUGCUGCCGCUGCCUCCCCUGUGAGCGUCCUUCAGUAUUUCCAGGUGAGGCACUCCCAGAUGUAUGAGGCUUCCGUGCUGAAGUAUGGUGACCUCUCCCAGGAUGAAUCCUGGACGGAAACCAUCAGUGUCUUGAUGUCAGCUGCCAUCCGAUUUGAGAUGCUGAGCACAGCUCAUUCAAAACAGAUUCUCCUGGAUUUGGAGGAGGCCAGCAUCUCUACCAAAGGAACCAAGAGUGGGGCCUUUGUCAUGUACAAUUGUGCUCGUCUAGCCACGCUGUUUGAGACAUACCAGCGGGAAGCAGAGAAAGGUACGUAUCCAGCUUUUCCCCUUCCUUCAGAGCUGGACUACUCCUCCCUUAGAGAAGAGGGUGAAUGGCUGUUGGUGUUCAACAGCAUCCUGCCCUUUUCAGAAGUCUUGAGUCAAGUGGUACAACUUCCCAUCUCCAGCAGUGGCAUCAGGAUCACAGCCAGCACUGAGGCAGUGUGCAAGUUCCUGAUCCAACUGAGCAUGGAUUUCAGUUCAUACUACAACCGGGUGCACAUACUGGGGGAGCCACGUCCCCAUUUGUUCAGCCAGAUGUUUGCCCGGUUGCAGCUUAUGAGAGCAGUCAGAGAAGUGUUCCACAGUGCUCUGAUGACCCUCCAUCUACCUCCUCUCAACCAGAUCUGAGCCAGGCCAGGUUCACACCGGCUGUGGUCCCUAGAGCCACCCUGCAGCAGCCUCCCUGACCUGGCCGGCUCCACUGCGAGGAGGAAUCGGAGGAUGGCAUUCACAUGGUCAGCGGAGAGGACAAGUGCUGAUGUUGUUGAAGACCAGCCAGUAGAACGCAGCCUUACAGCUUGGGUUCAAGGCAUUUCUCUUCCCCACUAUUGGUGGACAGAAGAUCCUGAACAAGAGCAAUGACUCUUGGGAUAUUUCGAAAGUUGAGGGAGAGCUGCUGAGAUUCUUUGGUGCCAAUAUGUUGCCACAUGCAAGUCAGGAACAUAAAGGACUGAGCCUCCUGGAAACAAAAUGGUGGCCGGGGGAGAUAAGUGCUCUACUGAAGGAAUCCCUUGGCUCUGAUCCCUCAUGGGGAGUCAGAAAACACGGCCUGGAUGUCAAGUUCAAGCAAGCGAAGAAUGUUCAGUUGGGUGUCAAGAUCCCCCCAUAUUGUAUAUUGUCGUUUUUGGGCAGUUGUUUUUGUUAUAUUGUUUUGGCCUUUGGCCUCACACAAUAAAUUUUACCCACCUA